AUUUGGACUAGUUGUCAUACUGCUUACUGGAUAUCAUGGUGAUGGUACCACAUUCGCUCUUUGUUGGUAUCUCUGCUUUCAUCAGAGUUUUCAUUUUGUUACUUGUGUUCAUCUCGGUGAUAUUAAUUUUUACGGCACCAGGUGUUUGCUAUACACGUUACAUUAAUGAUAUUCGAGCUACUGAUGAGAUUUGUCCGAGUGAAAAUUUCCUACCAAUGGGUGUCAAUCGAUGGAGUAAUGGUGUACAUUUCCAACAUCGUGGACAAAAUGUUUGGGGUCAAUUGGCAAUCGUCAUAAUUGCAAUAUUAUUUGCCUUACCACCACUUGGACUAAGCUGUUUUCAGAUUACUACUGGUGUUUCGCUAUUUUACAUGCAAAUAUGUUUGUCAAUGGUAUCAAUAUUGAUUUUCUUGGCUCUUGGAGGUGUGGAAACAUGGUAUGCAACCGGUUACAGUCAUAUGGGACCAUUAAUAAGACAAAUUGGUGGUGGUCAAUUUAGUGGUUGUAUGAAUCUACCAAACUGUGAUAUAAUAUUUGUUGUUAAAGGAUGGGCAGCUGCUGCGGCUUUCUUUUUCUUAUGCGCUAUUCUUUUUCUCCUGGAUAUCGGAAUGCAAUUUCUUCUUAGAGAUAAAUGCUCACAAACAUAUACAACACCGAUAUCAUCUCGUGCUUCAUAUGGCCCCCCAGAACCGAAUCGUAUUGAUAGUUACCGUACAAGAAUACAUGUUGGAAAUUGAUUAGAAAAAGUGUCACCAAAUGCUGGAUAAUAUCAAUGGCGUUCUAUUCUUAUUUAGGAUUUCUACAAAUUUC